AUGAAUGAAGAUCAGGUGAAUGACAUAAUUCGGAGAUGGCAAAAUAGUCCAGAAGACGAGUUGAAGCCGGAGGACUACCAGCAGUUCAAGAAUUUGGGAUCUGCCUGUCUCUCCGAGGGCGACGGUGCAAAACUACUGACAUUCCUUCAAGAUGAAAAAAACCAGGGGAUCGUGAAGUCUAUGGGUUGUGUUCUCAUGGCACCGCUUGUAAACAAAGUGGUUAAACAAGAGAAGAGACUUGAUCAGUGCCAGGCUGCCAUCACACACCUGACCAGGACUUGCAGCCCGGAUAAACUCCUGCAUAGCUUACAUGAACUCAUUGAAGACAUUGAUCCAGGGGCCAUUUCUGAGACCAUCUUAGCCCUUGUUCCACAUCUUCAAACAGUGCUGCUUCAGCUGGAUGACAGAAAGGCAGCUUGUAUGGGCCUGGCUCUCGCCGCCCUGCAGAAGCAGUUGUCCCGCCUGCCUGUGCCUUACACCCGGCAGCAGGAGGAGGCUGAUGAGUACGGUCUGUGUCGCUGCUACAAAGCCUUGGCUGUGUUUACAAAGCCCUUCAUAGAGGAGGUGAAGAGGAAGAAUGGAAACCACAACACCUCUGAGGAUGAGGAGCUAAGGACUGAGCUUCUCAAGUUCUGCAUGAGGAGCUUGAGGGAGCCUUUGCUUGAGGCUGAACUGAACCGGGACAGACAAUCCUCACUGUGGCACUUUGCAACAGAGAUAAUGGUCACACUUCCUGCAAUCCAAGAGUCCUUGUCAGAGAUCCUGUUCUUCAGCCCUCUGAAGAAAAGCUCCCAGAUGGACAGCAGUGAGUCCAAGGAGUCCAGAGCUUGUCUGGCUUAUCUACUGUUUGUCCAGCUCAUCACCAUCGACAGCUUUCCAGCAGUAUUCAGUCCAGUAUUUGUUCUUCAAUGCAACAUGGAAUACACCAAUCAACUACUCAGUAGCAAAAAGGAAUCACACUUGCUCAAAGGACUGGCACUGUAUACAAAGAGCUUGGAAAAUGUGCAGGACAACGGCAUUCCAGUGAGUCUACAGGAACUGAAGAGCUUCUAUUGUGUACCACAGAACCUGCGGCAAGUUCUUACCGACUGCCCAAUGCAACAUUUGAGAGAAUCAGGACUAAAGGUUUUACAGCUCUUCAUCGAUAAAUUAGAGGUCGAAGCAAAGUACAAGUUCUUCAGGUGCAUGUUGAAAACCAGCCACCAUGCAGGAGUAGAGAGUUACAUAAUAAAGAACAUCAGGAAUCAAGUUGAAUCUUCUAUGGAGCCGGGUAAUGCCAAUAAAUGGUUCCUGGGGGAGGAGCUUCUCUCGUUGUUGGGACUGGUGCUGUGUUUCCCACAAGGUCCUGAGACAGAUUUGCUUAACAGUAUGGACAGGAUAAUGGAGAGCCUGAACCUUCUACGCUACCUCCUUAUCAGGGACACAAUCCUGAGGAGCUCUACUGUGUGGGAAGAGCUGUGCAGGAUCAAAGACGACUACCUAAAACUGCUGCGUGUGUGUAUCAGCAUAUCGAGAGGAUAUUAUGCCUCUGAACUAAAGGCACUGCGGGAGGAUCAAAAGAUGAAAGCAAAGGAAGCCAGAGAUGCUGCCAGAUCCAGCAGAUUAGUCAAAAGCAUAACAGUGAAACAUGAGAAGAUGUCCGACAUGUCCCCCGAGGUCCAGCACCAGGUGUUGCAGAGUGCUUUGGUGACAUUUGACCUGAUGGAGAGUCUUAUAGUCCGUAUCGAAGAGAUCACAGAGGAAAAGCUGAAGAUCCAAAACUAAUUUGAGGUGCUCAAGUGUCACUUCAGCCGUUAGGUUAUUUUUAUAAACACUGUUUUAUUUUAUUUGCUCGGUUUGACUGAUACAAAAAACAUGUAUUGAAUAAUAUUUCUUGUUUUCUAAGCCAAUGUCAUUGUCAAAAUAAUGGAACAGAAUGCUGAUAUAUUGAAACACAUCUUUUAAAUUUGCUUUGGUAUAUUCACAAAGUAACGUUUGUACAGAUUAGCAUCAAAUAAAACAAAACAAUAAGUGUGAA